AUGGAUUUCAUGGGUUUCACGCCUUCGUACCAAAUUGGUCACUCGAUGGAAAACUUAAGCAAACUUUCGGCUGAAGAUGAUCCUCACAGCACAAGGAAGCUUGAACCUUCAGCUGACGAGAAGGGCAAAGGCAGCAACCAAACGAUAGAGGAAAGUAAUCUGUCAUUUGAAUCCCAGACACAUGAUUCAUCUGGCUCCAGUCAGAAGGUUACAAACACAGUUUCUUCACCCAUUAACAGUGAUGCCGUGUCACCCAAACUUGAAAUGGAACCCUCAGAGUCUGAUAUCAUGAACAACGAUAGCAACCAAAGCAUGGAAAAAGGCAGUACUUCAUUCGAAUCCCAGACACAUGAUUCAUCUGGCUCCAGUCAGGAGGUUACAAACACAGUUUCCUCACCCAUUAACAGUGAUGCCGUGUCACCCAAACUUGAAAUGGAACCCUCAGAGUCUGAUAUCAUGAACAACGAUAGCAACCAAAGCAUGGAAAAAGGCAGUACUUCAUUCGAAUCCCAGACACAUGAUUCAUCUGGCUCCAGUCAGGAGGUUACAAACACAGUUUCUUCACCCAUUAACAGUGAUGCCGUGUCACCCAAACUUGAAAUGGAACCCUCAGAGUCUGAUAUCAUGAACAACGAUAGCAACCAAAGCAUGGAAAAAGGCAGUACUUCAUUCGAAUCCCAGACACAUGAUUCAUCUGGCUCCAGUCAGGAGGAAGCUCUCAUUAUGAUUCUGAUACCUCUUUUGCUUGUGAUGAUAUUGGAUCAGACCUGGAGUGACAACCCCGGCAACCAGCAUGGCAUUGAAGACCCAGAUGAUCCAGAUACCCAGAUGACCCAGAUGAUCCUGACGACCCACAUGGACAAGGAAAUGACUCAGGGUCUUCGUCUGAAGGGAUGA